AUGCAGGAGCGCAAUGAGAACAGUAGCUACGGGCACCGACCACCACCGCCCACCCAGAUCACCGUCACGUCGACCGGCGACCACGGCUCCUCGCACACCCAGUCCGACUCUGCCUCAUUCGCUCAACCGUCUCCUGCGCCUCUGACACCCCGUGCAUCCACCUUUCGACUUCCUGACGCCGGCACGUCCUCUGCUGCCGAUAGCCGAACCCCUUCGGCUGCUCACGCGGCGACGAUGAAUCAAAGCUAUGCGAUACCCAGCGGAUCCUACACAGCGCCGACCUCACCGACGCUCUCCAACGCCAUGCAUCGCACGUACACCGUCGGAGCGACCUCCCCCUCCAACCUGGAUCGCCCGACGAGCGUGCACACCGAGCUGAACGGCAUCAGCGGCCUCGGUAUCUCAUCAGACGAAGCCGGCGCCAGCACCAGCAACGGUAUAACUCCCUCUGGCGGGACUAAAGAAACCUGGAAGCGACGCAAACAGGUCCUUCUCGCCGACGCAAAAGACCACACGGUCGCCGAUCUCCAGCUCCACGGUCUUCGUCCACCACCGCACACUUACCAUCCGUACUACCAGAACUCGUCUAUCCUCGGUCAGACCGUCGGGCAGCUCACGGCCAACACUGCCGCGCACACUGCCCGAGAUUCCAAUCCGAACCAAGCCACUUAUGCUUCGUCCCGAACGGCGAUAUUGCGACCGGACGACCCGCAUGUGCGCAACGACAUUAUCCGGAUGAUCGACCAGUGGCUAGCCGACGAAGGGUUCGGUGCAACACGGCAGCUGCUCAUGGAAGAAGCAGGCAUCAAGCGGCGCGAACGCGAAGAAGCUGGGCUGGACGCACGCAAGCUCCGCGGGCACAUACUCGAAGGCGACUGGCCAGAGGUGGAUAAGCUCUUGCAAAAGCCAUUGGUCAAGAACCACAAAGCAUUCCUCUACGCGGUGUACAAGCAGCAGUUCCUCGAACAUGUCGAACAUAGGGAGUUUCAAAAAGGGUUUACGUUCCUCAAUAAGCGGUUGAAACCCCUGGAGCAUUAUCAACCGCAUCCAUCGGAGUAUCGCGAUCUGUGCUACCUGCUGUCGGCAAAAGCGGUGACGGACGCGCCGUCAUUUGCCACCUGGGAGGGGAUCCAGCCCGGCCGGGAGAAGUUGGUCAUGGAGUUCGCGGCGAUGCUCGAGCAAGAUUGGAUGGAGAAAGAAGCGGGCUUGCCUGGGUCUGCGUCGAAGAGCAGAAGCGAAGCGCGGGACGGAUCCGAGAUGACGGACGAGCUCUCCGACAGCGUGACGCUCGGCAACGGCUCGAAAAAUGCCGCCUCGAACGGCUAUACCUACGUUCCACCGCAUCGGUUGCUGACGAUGCUCCACCAGGCGGUGGCGUAUCAGGUCGAGUUCGCGCGGUACCACCCCAAGAAGGCACCCGUCAUCUCGGGGUUGCUGCACGACUAUACGGGGUUCAUCGUGCCCAAUGCCGUCGCGCAUACGAUGCGCGGGCAUCGGAAGAACGUCAAGUCCGUCCGCUUCGUCGGCGAGGAAGGACGAAAGCUCGUCAGCGGUAGCAGCGAUAACACCGUUCGGCUGUGGAGCACCAACAGUGGGCGAUGCGAGCAGAUCCUUCAGGGUCACCGAAGUCGUGUCUGGGAUGUCGACUCGACGCAAACGGGAGGUCACGUCGCCUCGGCGUCCGGCGAUUCGACCGUCAAAGUGUGGGAGGUGGACAGUGCGCAAUGUCGCACGACGCUGCGAGCGGGUGUAGGCGACGUGUACAGCUGUCGUUUCCAUCCGGACGAAAAACACCUCGUCUCUGCCGGCUACGAUAAGUUGGUGCGCAUGUACGACGUGGAAACGGGUUCGAUCGUGAAAACUUUCACGGGCCACCAGCUAGGUGUGUCGAGUGCGAUCUUCAAUCCGCUCGGCAACCUCAUCGUCACUGCGUCCAAAGACACCACCAUUCGGUUCUGGGACGUUGUUUCUGGUCUCUGCAUCCGAACCAUUACAGGUCAUCUGGGCGAGGUGACCAGCGUGGAGAUCAACGAGACGGGCACCCUACUGUUGAGCUCCAGCAAGGACAACUCGAACCGUCUUUGGGAUCUCAGGAUGCUCAGGCCGUUAAAGCGGUUCAAAGGACAUCAGAACACGAGUAAGAACUUUAUCCGCUCGAGUUUCGCACACACCUCCCUGCUGGUGGGCGGAUCCGAGGACGGACUGAUCUACAUGUGGGACCAAGAGUCGAGCGAGGUGCUGCAGACUUUGGAGGGACAUGGACGGGAUACGCUGCAUCCGACUACGCGGGGCGCGGGCGGGAUGUCGGCGUACGCCAAUGCGGGUGCGGUUGGCGAUCUGACCUCGAGCCUGUCGACGAACAACAAUGUCGCGUACGGAGCGGUUUGGAACAAGGCACAGAGUCUGCUGGCCAGCUGUGGCGACGACGGCACGGUCAAGACGUGGAUUUGGGACGAGGGAAGGGAUUUGGAGGCCAAUGCGGAUCUAGCGAGGAGAGCGGGCGACGAGUGA